AUGUUUGAAUUGGUUAAAAAUGUGUUGUUAUGUUUUGCAGUUGCUUUCAUUAACUCUCAAUUAUGCGCGAGCGAGCCUCUGCCGCCGCCCGCCCUGAUGCUGUACAGCCCCGGGGAGCCGGAGUACACGGACAUACUGGUGAAGCGCGUGCUGGACAACCUGACGCUGGUCUGCGAGCUUCGCGGAGACAGCGCGCCCAGGGUGUACGUGUGGAACUACGUGGGGAAUGGUACAGCGAACGAUAGACCGUUCACCGUGGAGCCAGUGGGCGCGAGCAACUCGAGCCAGCUGCUUCGCACCGGCCUCCAAGUCGGAGACAGCGGCCACUACAUGUGCUCGGCGCCACCCUUCAGCGUCACCAAAUACGUGCUGGUGCAGCCCAGGGGGCCGAAGGUGUGCGCCCGCGGCGCGUUCGCGUGCGAGUCGCGGUGCGUGCUCGCCAGCUACGUGUGCGACGGGCGGCGCGACUGCCUGCGCGCCGAGGACGAGGCGCCGGCCCUCUGCUCGCCGGCGCCCUGCGCCCGCGGCGACAAGCUGAACUGCUCGUCGGGCCGCUGCAUCUCGGAGGCGGCCUGCUGCCGCGGCAACGAGCCGCUCUGCCGCCAGCCCGACUGCUGCGACGAGCACCCGCGCUUCUCGCGCCUCCACGGCUACGUAGAGAUGGAGUAUCCGCCCCUGUUCGAAGACCGGCGUGCGCCCGACGACUUCAGCUUCAUCCAGUCCACUAUCUACACUGUCACCGCGUGCGCCCUGAUCUUCAUGAUAGCGGUGGUACUGCUGGUCUCCGCCAUCUGCAAGAUGCACAUGAAGCGGGCGGCGCUGCGCAGCUACGCCCACGCCGAGCGCGCCACCGCCCACCACUACAGCCUGCACUACGCGCAGACGGCUCGCUUCCCGCCGUGCUACGAGGCGUCCCGCCUGCUGGAGCGAGCGCGCGACUCUCCCCCGAGCCCCGCGCCCCCCGCAAGCCCCGCCCACCGCGCUAGCCCCGCCCACCGCGCUAGCCCCGCCCACUGCGCCAGCCCCGCCCACCAAGCGAACGAUGCCCAGGACUCUGGUGCGGCGUGUGUUGGUGAGGAGUGCUCUGACUUGUCCGCCCCUCAGCAGCAGGACGGCAUGCCCAACGUGGGCUUCGGCCUAGCCCGCCUCUCCGCCAUUUUCUCGUCGCGAUACAGACAGGUACCGACGCAGUGCUGCGACGUCGAGAUGACGGAGGUGCGCUCCGCGUCCCUCCACGGCUCCCCGGGGGCGGCGGGGCGCGGGGGCGCGGCGCGGCUCACGCUGCAGCUGGGCAGGUUCCAGCUGACGCUGCCGCGCCUGGGGCGGCCGCGGCCCCCCACGCCCGACGUGCUGGAGCCGGCAGACGCCCUCGGCCGCCUGGACCUGGUGCGCCUCCACGCCGGCGAGACGUACACGCUGAACGGGCGCACCAUCCGGCUGCUGGGCGCCGACUUCGAGGACUACCCGUGCCCGCCGCCGUACGCGGAGGCGGUGCGCUGCAAGCGCUACGGGCCCCCGCCCCAGUACCUCAGCCGAGAGGCGCUGCGCCCCGCCGCCGCCCCCGCCCCCGCCCCCGGCGGCGACGAGGACGAGGACGCCGCCGCCAACGUGGAGAUGCCGCCGCGCUACGAUGAGCUCGCCGCCGCUACGGCUCUAGACGCCAACGCCAACCCUCGCCAUGACAGCGGCCAGAGUCUGGCCUCCGUGCUGGACAGCCUGCCCGCGAUCGACGGCGACCCCAACGCCAACGACGCCCCGCUUGAAGAC